CAAAAUUUCAAGCAACCCUUCAAUUUGGUGUCACCACUCUGUCCCAUCCAUCUCCAUUCCUUUACAACCAUUCAUCGAUCGGUUCCUUCUCGCGUUGUGGGCCUCCAUAACCGCGUCUUUGUAACUCUUUGGAUCGAUAGGACCGGCCUGCUUCGAAGGAAAGGUGUUGUCGCGCGACUGAGCACAGCGACAUUCACCUUUCCCCAAGUUUUGCGACGAUGGGAUGCCUUCACUAAAAGCCUACACACCCUACGAGACACUUGCUUUCUGCCAGUCCGUUGCACAUCAUGGCGCCGACUCUGCUGCCUUUGAGGAUAUCGCGCAGUCCUUGAAUGCCAACCAGCUCAUUCGCGACAACCAAACAUACGAUGAAAGUCGACUGACAGCCAGUGCGUUACAAGCACUAUACCAAGAGCUGCUGGUGCAAGAGAAGACCGAGAAGGGUCCAGUGGUAAACGGCGACGGUGGAGCGACCGUCAACCCGCGCAAACGAAAGGCGUCCCUUUCCCCUCCGCCGGUCAAGGACAAUGAUCUGUCUGGACAACAAUGGCUUCAAUCGCUAGUCGACAGACUGUAUGAAAGAUUUAGGGAGCAAACAAUCAAAGAGAUUCGAUUGGAAGAAGAGGCAUAUCACAAGGUCCAGGCUGAGAUUGUUGUGCUGGAGAAACAACCUGAGGACGAGCAACUGACGACUGAGGAACUGAAAUCGCGAGAUCUACCACAGAAAGGAGCGGAAAAUGUCGCGCCGAAAGCCCAAGAACCUCAAUCUAGCCCGGAUGCGGCUGCUGCACAGUUGCAAGCCAGCCUCGAUGCCAGCCGUGCAGAACAAGCUGCAGCGAAGGGAGCAGCGCCUGUUCUGGAACCAAGGACAUCUCCAUCAACUGCUCGAGCUGGGCAUCCACAGGCUUUGAGCGUCCAUUCUCCCGCACCCACUACACCAGGUGCCCAACCAAGGCCACCAACAGAGACACCCCAAGCGCGAGCAUCGAAAACACCAAAGCUUCCUCAGCAACCGUCGCCUGGCGCAUACCAGCGUCCUCUGCCGGGGCCGGGACCGUCUCCUCAACGACCGGACUAUGUCCAACAGCACUUUCAGCCUUCCCCCCAGGGACAUCCUAUGCCUAUACUGCCGCAUGCUCAAGGAAUGCCACCUAUGCCACCACCAAUGGAAUAUCCGGGUCCGAAACGUGGAACCUCUGCAUCUCGACAGGGAAAAGGUUCGCCAGUUCCCAUGCAGCCCCAACAGCCAUUUCCAGGUUAUCAAGGAUAUCCACAGCCACAUUGGCCUCCUCCUGUCGCUCCCCAAUACGGUCAUUCACAGCCGUAUCCGCCCAAUGGCCAAUUUUACCCAUAUCAUACGCCUCAACACCCGCCGUAUCAACAGUAUCCGCAAAGUGCUCCUAUUCACUACGCUAGUCAACCUUCUCCGGCACAUGGAUGGCAUCCACAAUAUGGUCAGCCGUAUUAUGGUCCACACGGUUCGGCCAACGUGACACCUGUUCCUCGAAACACCUCCAAACAGCCAGUGCCAAGAGCUAGGUCUUCGACACCGUGGAAGCGUCGUGCGGAACCACCAAAUAUUGUGCGCCAGCCCAGCCCAGGUCGGCCUGAGAGAGACGUCAGUCCGCUGACGGACUCGGAGUCGCCUUCUCGAUCUAAAAAAGUCAGAAAGUCGCCAGGCAAGAGGGGUCAAAAGGCUGAGGGAAGCUUUCUAUCCACCCAGGAAGCCGUCAGGGGCAGACAAGGUGCAAGCACGACUCCGGGCGUUGCUGAUUCGAGGUCUCAGUCCAUCGCAUCUUAUGCUUCUGAUACGCCCACGGAUAAGCGGAGACGAGGGAGGCCACCAUCGAAAAUCAAGGCUGAACCGCCUAGUACGCCCGCGCCUCUACUUUCUGAUACGGAACAACCCCAACAAUCAAGAGGACGUCCUGGCAGACCUCGAAAAGACGCAGCACCACCAUCAACGACUGAACAGGUGCAAAAUACAGCCACGAAACGGAAGCGCUCACAUGGUCGGGAUACUGCAAGCCCACCAUUACCCUCUGCAGAGCCUGUAGGAACGCUGCGGCGUCAAGUUGUUCACGAUCCAUCACUUGUCAGCGUCACCAAGAACUUCGCAAAGACCGCGCAGCUACUUCUGAACGAGAUUACAUCGCACAAAGUGGCAAGCAUAUUUGCCAAACCUUUGUCAGAACGCGAUGCCCCGGGCUACAAGAAGCUAGUGUUUCGCUCGCAAGAUUUGAAGAGUAUCAAGGCUGCGGUCUCCAAGGGUGGGAGGGCCGCUCUGGCCGCCAUUGAAAGCCUGGAAACGGAUGACCGUGACGGAGAGGAAACGCCUACCAAGAACGUUGCGGCUACCGCGACCGAAUCUGGAGAACGAUCUCUCGGCAAUGGCGUGUAUCUCGUGAACCAAACAGAAGAUCUGGUACCUCCAAAAGGCAUCGUCAAUUCCGCGCAGCUGGAAAUGGAGUUGGUGAGAAUGUUCGCCAAUGCAGUCAUGUUCAAUCCGCUUCCUACGUCGGAGAGGGGGUUUGGGCGGUCCCUUCGCUUGAGGAAACGUGGCGGCGAUGUGGAUUCCAACGCCGACGCCGACGACGCCUCGUCCAGCGAAGAAGGCAGCCCGGUCGAUGAAGGUGGUAUCAUUUCAGACGCGAGAGAAAUGUUCGACGACGUUAUGGCAGCGGUGCGCAAGUGGCGAGAAGUGGAAAUCGAGCGACUGGGCGGGGACGACGCGGCGGCGGCACCAGGCACGACUUCAAAAGCUACACAUCCAUCGACGGCACAGGGCAGUGCCAGUGCUAGUGUUAGGCACUCUAGUGUCAGCUCUGCGGUGAACGAGGACGAUGCUGCUGGCGAGACACCCGCGGCCUCGGUCUCGACGCCUGUUCCUGCGUCGGGAACGGCGAGGAAGAGAAGGCGGAUCGCUGAGUAAGAGUAUGUCCAGGCUGCAACGUCUGGCAGGGAGUUGGAAAUGUGGUUUUGCGGUGGUGUUUGGAUGAGCACGGGCACGUGUGGUUGAGCUUACGAACAGCUCAGCGUGUCUAUGUCUUUGCCUGCUUGUGCA